CACAACGUCGCAAGCCGCUGAUUCAGACAGUGCUCUUGGGAUGUCUGUCAGUCCAAUCUACCCUGCUGUAGCAGUUUUCGCGGCUGCAAUCUUGUCGUUCCUCAGAAUCUUAUGUCUGAGUACUUUGCCCAUAUGCUUGAUGAUGCUUUGAUGAUAAACGGCUGAUGCGGUGAUCAUUGAUGGGAGGACAAUCAUGAGCAAACAGAUUAAAAAAAACUUUUUGUGUUUCUAUAUAUAGACGUACCACUAGUUCACACCAUCGAGUAUAAAGCGUAACGAGAUGCAUUUUUACCAUUGCUUAGCUCCUCUAUUCAUUCAGCCACCAAAAUCAAAGAAAUGAAGUUUCUGCUUAUCGCGGCCGUCUUUGCUUCAGUGGCCAGUGCCCAUUUCCAACUUCAAUUCCCUGAACCGCGGGGAACUUUUGACGAGGACAAUGAGCCAACGUUUUGUGACGGAUACACUUCAGUUGCACAAAAUAGAACCGAGUUCCCACUUGACAGUGGCUUUUUCUCCCUAAAUUCGGAGCAUCCUUCUUGGACAGCGGCUGUGUACCUAAGCACGUCGUCCAACCCGACCUCAUUCGAUAAUUUUAGCCAAAUUGUGCCGUUUUUCCAAUUAUCAGGAGAAGGACUCUUCUGCCUUCCUUUGAACCUCUCUUCCACAAAUGCUACUGGCCUUACGAGUGGCCAAAACGCAACUAUUCAGAUCCUGUACAACGGAGGCGAUUCGAACCUCUACCAGUGCGCCGACUUGACAUUGAUGGGCAACUUUAGUCUUUCCCAAAGCAUAGACGCAACUUGUAAGAAUUCUUCGUCGAACUCGACGGAUUCGAGUUCUGGCUCCAGCUCGGGCUCCGGUUCUGCACCCCUUGCGAGCUCCCUGUCAUUGUCCGGACUCGUUGUGUAUAUUGUUGGUACCAUGACAUUCCUCUUCAUGUAAUAAAUGAUGACGGUGGCAUUGUUAUGCCCGACGUUUUUUCUGAAUGACUCCGACUCGAGGCCGCCA